AUGGACUCUAGUGCAUACCGCAUUCCUAUCGGGUUGCCGUGGCUGUUUGCCACGGUCCUAGGCCUCGGCGUCUUCUUACUACCUGAAUCGCCUCGUUGGUAUGUUAAGAAAGGUCGCAAUGAGGAUGCUGCUCGUGCUCUCGGUACCCUUCGUGGGCAGCCUGCCAACUCGGACUAUGUCACCGAUGAACUCAAGGAACUGAUCACCAACCCUGAGUACAAGAGGCACAAUAUGCAAGCGGGCUGGACUGACUGUUUCCGUUGUGAAUGGAAGCCGUCUAGUAAUCUCCGCCGCGUGGUCCUCGGAAUGACACUCCAAAUGAUGCAGCAAUGGACUGGGGUGAACUCUAUAUUAUACUACGGUUCCACCUUUUUCAAGAUACUCGGCAUAGAGAAUGCCUUCCUAGUCUCUAUGAUCACGACAGUUGUCAAUGUAGGUUCCACACCCAUUUCUUUUUGGACCAUCGAGAAGCUUGGCCGUCGCGCGCUCCUCAUCUACGGCGCUGUUCGAAUGCUCGUCUAUGAAUUCAUUAUCGCCAUUGUCGGUACGGUCGACGAAGGCAGCAAAGCCGCCAGCUUAUGCUUGAUCGUCUUCACUUGCAUCUACAUCCUCUUCUUCGCAUCAACUUGGGGCCCAGAUGCCUGGGUUCUGACUGGCGAGAUCUUUCUUCUCCCUAUCCGUGCCAGGGGUGUAGUCCUUUCUACAGCUAGCAACUGGUUCUGGAAUUUCGUCAUCGGCUUCCUCACCGCCUACAUCUUCGACGAGACCUACGGGAACAUGAAGGCGAAGAUUUUCUUUAUCUAG